UUUAUAACUUUUGUUAAGCAAUUUAAAUUAAUUUAUUGAUUUUGUGUAUAUUCCUAAUGUUAAAAUGAAAAGUUCGAUAAAGACAACUCUGAAAAAAUCAACGAAGUUGCUUACUUUCGUAAGCGUAAUUGUUGUUAUAUUGUGUUCUACAGCGGGAAGCUCUGAAAUGGAUGAUUCAAAUAAAGAAUAUCUUCAUUGCGGUAAUCGAAACUUUGACAGACAAAGCAGCAUAAAGAGCUACCAAAAGAAAGAAACGCGAGAUUCUUGUUCAGCAAAUGAUGAUCUUCGCGUAUUUGCAAAGAGUCUGAAUCGGAUAGAUCGUUUAAAAAAUAUGGUUAAAAUAGCGGCGGGCACCUUUGCAAUCGGUACAAACGAUCCAGUUUUUAUUGCCGAUGGCGAAGGACCAAAGCAACAAAUAUUCCUAGAUAAUUUUUAUAUAGAUAAAAUGGAAGUGAGUAAUCGUGAUUUUGCAAGGUUUGUUGACGUUACCAAUUAUCGAACAGAAGCUGAAAAAUUCGGGGAUUCGUUUGUAUUUAGAGGUCUUUUAGAAGAAAAAUUUGGAACAAACGUAACGCUUGUUGCUCAAGCUCCUUGGUGGGUACAAAUAAAAAAUGCAAAUUGGCGACGUCCAGAAGGUCCUAGCUCCGAUAUAAAAAAUAGGAUGGAUCAUCCUGUUGUUCAUGUAUCAUGGAAUGACGCUACCGCGUAUUGCAAAUGGUUAGGAAAGAGAUUACCAACCGAAGCCGAAUGGGAAGUUGCAUGUCGAGGCGGAUUAUCGGAUAGAUUGUAUCCAUGGGGAAAUAAAUUGAUUCCUAAUGGUCAAUACAGAGCAAACACAUGGCAAGGUGACUUCCCAAAUAGUAAUAGCAAAGAGGAUGGAUAUGAAAGUACAUCGCCUGUUACAGAAUUCCCGCCAAAUAAAUAUGGAUUAUAUAACAUGAUAGGAAAUGUUUGGGAAUGGACGUUUGAUUGGUGGACGAUCGAAGCAACAACACGAGGCGGCCCAACUAAUCCUACUGGCCCACCUCGCGGUACAGACAAAGUAAAGAAAGGUGGUUCCUAUCUUUGUCAUAAGAGCUAUUGUUUUAGAUAUAGAUGCGCUGCACGAAGUCAAAAUACUCCUGACACGACAGCUGGAAAUCUUGGUUUCAGGUGUGCGUUGUCGGCUUGA